AUGCAGAAAGGCGUCAAUUUGACUGUGACUUUCGGGGAUUCGCGCGCGACGGUGCGUGCGGAGGCAGUGCGAGCGGAGGGGGUGCGCGCGGAGACGGUGCGCGCGGAGACGGUGCGCGUGGGGACGGUGCGCGAGAGCGGGAGUGAGGAGGAGGAGAUCCUGUUGCGGAAGGCGAUCGACGCAAAAGUCCCUUCGUUUCCCUCACCUCCCCGUCUCCCCUGCAGCGUUUGCGACGCGCCGGCGUGCCCCUGGGCAUGGCACAAGGCGUGCUUAGAGCCCCCCCUCGCCGCCCUCCCCCAAGGCCCCUGGUACUGCGCGGACUGCCUUGGCCGCAUCCGCGACUCCCUCCGCGCCCCCCGCGCGAAGACGGCGUUGGCUCCGGGCCAUGUGGUCUUGGAGUCGGUGUGGGACGAGAGGGAGAAGAGGAAACGGGGCGCGGGGGGGGUUCGGGUGGGCGGCGCCGCGAUGGCAGAGGGGCCUGUUUUUGAGUUGACUCAAGAACCCGCCGCGAUGGGCGAGGGGAGUUUGGCCUGGCAGCAUGACCAGGAGAUGCGACGGAUGAGGGCUUUGGCGGGUGAGGGAGAGGCACGGGGGAGGAGGGGGGGAGGUGCAGUGGGAAAGGCAAGGGGGAGAGGAGCCGGGGGGAGAGGAGCCGGGGGGAGAGGAGCCGUUGGGAGAGGAGCCGGGGGGAGAGGAGCUGGGAAGGCAGGCAGCAAGGGGAAAAGGGGAGGGAGGUCGGCGCAGGGCGAGGGGGGCUCGCAAGGCGGGGGGGAGGGGUUGGUAGGGGGAGGAGUCAGGGUGGGGGGAGGGCAUGACGAGGGGCGGGGCAGGGGGAGGGAGUUUUUGGUGAAGUGGCUGAUGCGUCCCCAUGCGGAGAAUUCGUGGGUGGAUGGCGAAUGGCUGGAAUCCCGGUUUCCGGGACACCUGGCGGCCUAUGAGAGGCUGAAGGCGGAGGGAAAGCUGCCCUUGUUCCGCAACGAAUGGAAAGAGCCGGAGCGGCUGUUGGGGCGGUUCAGGGUGGAGGGAUUGUCUCACGAGAACACGGGCGGGAACACGGAGGGGAACACGGGCGGGAACACGGAGGGGAACACGGGCGGGAACACGGGCGGCAGGGGGCGUGGCAGGAGGGGCGGCAGGGGGGGCGGCAGGGGGGGCGGCAGGGGGGGCGGCAGGGGGGGCGGCAGGGGGGGCAGCAGAGGGCGCGGCAGGGGGGACACGGGCGGCAGGGGGAACGACGGAGGGCAGCAGAUGCAGGUCGCGGAAGACUACCAGCAAUGGCUGGUGAAGUGGCGCGGGCUGGGGUACGACCACCUCACAUGGGAGCCCACCACCAUGCCCUUCUUUACCCUCCGCGGAUUGGAGUUGCAGGCGAGGCAUGAGAGGGAGAGGGAGGCGUGUGAGUGGAGAGGCACGGAGGAGGCAAGGUUGCAGGCAAGAGCAAUGCGCGCUGCCCCAUUCGCCGUAACACAGCGUGCCAGUCCCACCGACGUCGGGCAAUGGCAGGGCGGGGGCACGGGCCAGCACGUGGAUACCAUCCCCCUCACGUGGUUCCAGGUGGCGGCCUUUGAUUGGCUGACGGCCCUCUGGCAGUGCAACGGGGGGGCCACACUGCACGGCGCGUUGAAAGCUGUGUGGGAGUCCGGGGGGGGACGCAGGCAGGUCGAUGGGAGGGACAGGCAGAUCGGUUGUGUGAAUUCUCGAAUCCGACAUGGAGUGUGGGAGUGCGAGAGCACAUGUCACGUGCAAUCUGUCAACGUGUGGUCUUCUGGUGGUGGUGCUGCUGGUGGUGCUGCUGGGGGGGGAGCGGAGGCGGAGGGGGGAAAGGGGGAUGGAGGGGAGGAGGAGGGGAAUGGAGGGGUGGACGAUGCGGUGGGAAGGCGUGCAGUGCUAUGCAUGGAUGCUAGCAUGGUGAGGCUGCUCCCAUGUGCUCCUGGCGUUCUGCCGCGCCCUCCUCUCGCGCUUCAAGUGUGUGCGUCCCAUCCUCAUCAUUUCCCCCUCUCCCUGCCGCAUCGCAUCUCUCCCUUCCCCGCCUUCCCCCCCCCCCUCCUCUCCCCCCUCCCCUCUACACCCCCCUCCUCCCGCCUUGAGCAGGGCACACACUAG